AUGCUGAGAGACAAUGCCAAAAUAUUUCCAGAUCGUGAGGCUAUUGUUUUCCUAUCAACAACCGGAGAAAGAACUUUCAUUAAAUAUCAAGAACUUUACGAUCAAGCAAAAUUCUUCGCUAAAGGACUUUUGGAGACGGGAAUAAAAAGAAACGAUGUUGUCGCGAUUUCGAACAAAAACUGUGUAAAAUGGGUUAUCAGUUCACUGGGAGUACAAAUGACAGAAAGGGGGAGAAUUUCAAUUAUCACCCUUCCUUUAAUAUCACCAGAUGACAUUGCAGCAAUUUUUCUUACUUCUGGUAGUACUGGAAUCCCAAAGGCAGUUCCUCAAACACAUCUAUCGUUGGUACGAAAUUUGCAUGUAAUUGGAACGGGAGGUUCGCCAGUAGAAUCUUCAUGUACUAGUGCAGCUGGAGUUAUUGCUAACAAGGUUGUUGUGAUGUAUGGAACAACUGAAUUUGGACUUGCCUCCGCCAUACAAGUUUCUAAUCCAAAAGAAUUUGAGGAUUACGCAAUUGGAUAUCCAACUCCAGGGGUUGAACUGAAAAUAGUCGAUGAUGAUGGAAACAUCGUACCAAAAGGAACUUCCGGAGAACUAUACUUCCGCAGCAGAGAUCGUUUUCAUGGUUACUUGAAUAAUAAGGAAAAAAGUGCCUUAUGUUCUGAUAAAGCCGGAUGGUAUAAAACUGAUGACAUUGGAGUAAUGAGAGAAAAUGGUAUCUUUAUUGUCAAAGGGCGCAAAUCCGAUAUGAUGAUUAUUGGUGGACUUCUAGUAACCCACUUGUAUGUUGAAAACAUCAUUAAAAAGCACCCUAAUGUCAUUGACGCUUAUGUCUAUCCAGUUCAUGAUGAUAAAAUGUUUCAACGUGUAUAUGCAGCCGUUGUUGUUCAACCAGAAGGGGCACUAAGUGAUGAAGCUAUAAGAAAUUAUAUUGUACAACAGCAAUCUGGAAACCUAGAUUCAUUUCUUGAAAAACUUUACAUUCCAGAGCACUUUUUCUUUUACAAAGAACUACCACACACCCGUAAUGGAAAGUUAGACCAAAAAGCCACUGCUUUGAUGAUUAAAUCAACUAAAGAGAGUAAAUCAAACUGA